ACGUAUUUGACCAAGGGCAAUCAGCUCACCUCCCCUUACCUGGGAAUGGAAACAGUGCUUCGGGCAUGCAUUUUACCCGGGCUAAAACACGAAGGGGAAAUGCUGAUGGAGAAGGAGAGGAUUCCGUACAGAAAAUUGUUGGUAAGGUGGAUAGUCUCAAGCCUGUCAAACAACAUAUUCUCUGGAAGCAGAAGGCAGAGAUGCUCCAGUCUCGAGUGAAUGAGCUGGAGGAGGAAAAUGACUUUCUCAAGAAGCAGCUUGAAGAGAAGUCUGCAGAAGAACAAGAAGGGAAUAUUGAGAAGAUGGCCACUGAAGAUGAGGAGCCACAGGCCAUAAAAUUGGACUCCAGCACUGACACUACCACUGACUCCAGCACUGAUUCAAGCUCUGACUCCAGCUCUAGCUCUACGUCUGACUCUUCAGAUGAGGACAAGAAGAAAAAGAAGCGUAAAAAGAAGAAUCACAAAAAUAGAAGCAAAAAAAGAAAUAAGGAAAAGAAAAAGGUCAAGAGGUCAAACGGAAAAGGAGAGCGAGGCUCUAAAGAUGGAGGCAACGGUGAAGCGACUCAAAUUAGGCUGCACUCGUUGCUCAGCCUCCCUCAUAGUCAUACCAUGGACAAGGACAUGUUCACUAGAGUGGCUCGAAUUUCAUCUGAGACUGCUUUUCACCUUGCCCUUCGUCUCCCUCCUCCUCUUUCACCACAUCCUCCUCCUCCUUCACCAUGUCCUCUUCCUCCUUUUUCACCACGUCCUCCUCCUUUCCGUCCUCUUCUGCCUCCUUCUCUCCCUCCCCCUCAACCUAUUUCUUCAUCAUGUCCUCUCCCUCCUGGUUCACCAUGUCCUCUUCCUCCUCCUUCACCACGUCUUCCUUCUUUACCUCCUCUUCGGCCUCCUCCUCUUCUUUCUCCUUAA